UUGCUUCACAAAGCUCCUCUUCCUGCACUGCCUCAUCUCAGCUAUUAUCUUAUAUAACAUUUCCUAUUUAACAAAACUUUACUUCUGUUUGAAAAAAAGUUAUUCUAUUCUAUACAACCUUACUGCAUAUCAUUUCUAUUUCAGCGCUUCAGGUUUGACAUGAAGCAUUUCACAUAUGCUAUUCUCCUUGCUAUUGCUAUGCUCGCCGAGUGUGAGGAAGAAGGUUGUGAACAGCUGAGCUCCUGUGAAUCCUGCACAGAGGGACUAUCCACCCCAAACAUCUCCUGUGAAUGGGUCACCUGUGGUUCAGAAAACAGCAGCUGUGUCGUCAGAGGAGAGGAAAUUAGUGAAUCAUGUGUCGCAACUAACACAAGUGGCAAGUGCAAAGUUCUUGAUAACAGCUCUGCAGAACCGCCACAUGAAGAUGGUCCAUCAACCAGAGAAUCAUCUCCUCCAGUCUUUCACACAGGUAGCUUUAUUGGAGGAGGGUUGCUGGUCAUCCUAAUGGAAGCUAUUGGAUACUUUGUACUGAAACGUCUACACGGACCAGAAAGAGACUACCAAACAAUGGAGGAAGGCACACAGUAACAAAUCACUUGCAAUAUUCUACACCCUGACCCUCGAUCACAUCACAGUGAGGAGGAGGACUAAGU